UAGUAAUCUGAAACCAGUCCAGUCGGUUUUCCUUCCCAGCAGUCAGAGAAAAUCUGCAUUCCAGAUGAAACCUGCCGGCUAGCUGAAGGAAAGCAUUUACAAACAGAAGACAUUCCAAGGGCAGUAAAUUAACUGCUCUGAGAGGAUCUUUUUUUCUUUGCUUCCUGUCUUUGAUUAGGGGCUUGUAAGAGGCUGUUGUUGAUGUAAGCGAACUGCUGGGUUUGGGGCCUGGCUGGCCCAGGCCUCUGAUUAUGAUGCAGAUGGAAAAGUGGGCUCACUUUAGAAGUUCUUAGGUCAUUUUCUGCUGAUUCACUUUGGAAUCUCUUGGGCUGUACCAGGGGGUGGUUCCGGGCUGUCAGGACCAGCUUGCCAGCUCAGCACUUUUAGGAACCUCAACUUGCUCACCAAUGAGGAAGUUGAAUGCCACCAGGAGAACCGUAGGCUCUGGGCGGAGCUCCUCCUUUAGUCCUGGGCUGGGAUUAAGGGACAGACUGACUUUGCCUGCGACAAGAAGCCUUUUGUCCUGGGGAGUAAAUACGGAAGUCCAGAAGAGCAGACUGCCUGCCCAUGUGUAGUAAGGUGUGCAGCGCCAGCUGCUUUGGGGCAUAGUGUUGCUCAGACUUAACAAGUUGCCCUGGGCACGCCGGCAUCGAGCAAAGAGCAAACCGGAAGGGAGGGCGCAGUGACCUGAAAGAGACCAAGUGUGUUCUCUGAGUUGCUGAAAGCCUGGCUCCCUCCCCGGUCCUGUCGCUCCCUGUCCUGUAAGUCAAGAGCAGAUGGCUCGGAUAAACUGAGGGAGCAGGGCAGGUAACACAAGGCAGAACUUCUGUCAAGGGCACUGCGGGGACAUGGAGGAGGUUGGAAACUCUCUCAGCAGCAGAGAUGUGCUGGAACCAGACAGAUCUGAAGCUGGACUUGAGAUGGCUCAGUCGAUCCUGAGUAAAUUCUCCAUGAAAUCCCUGUUUGGAUUUACAAGUAAACUGGACUCCUUGGAUCCUGAAGAGGAAGAUGCUGUGCUGAAGGCAUUUCGCAGUUUAGAGGUGGGUCCUGCUCCUGAGCGGGAUGAUCCCAGCAAAGGCUCAGAUCUGCCACAAGCAGAGGCUCCAGUGCCACCUGAUCUUAAAAAGGAUGAGAAGUCAGCAAGGGCGGAGACAGGAUCGGAGGGAAGUCAGGGGAAAGACAGCUCAGACACCUCUUCCCCUGGCCUUGAGCUGCUUUCACCUGCCUCUGUGAGUGCGGACAGCGAGGAAGUCAUUUGGGUCCGUGGAACCCUGAUUCACACCACCAGUGACUCUGACUCAGAAGAUGGAGGCCAGGAGGCAGAAGAAGGGAGCGGCCUUGAUACCCGGGAGUCCACCACUGGUGUUUUAUCUGAGCCUUCUCAAGAGCCCCAAGAAAGACCAGGUGAUUCGGGAGAAAAGAUGGGCACUGGGGAUACUGAUGAUGCAGAACUCUGUGCUGAAAACUCUCAGAGAACUUUACCUGAGACAAGCGGCAAACUGAAACCUGCUGGUGACAAUAGCCAUCAGGCCGAGCACAGCGCCGGGCAGGGCCAGGCUAUAGAAGCAGGGUCUCACAUCCCACCAGUAGUAGCAACAGACCAGACUGUUGGUGGCACUGAGAGCACUACUUCUAAAAGGGAAGCUCCUGGAGAGAAGGCCUUCCAGCUCCCAGCUUUCUUUAGUGGGCUCCGUGUGCUGAAGAAGGGGCCUACCGCAGAGGCAGGGGAGACCAUCACUGAAAUCAGACCCAAGGAUGGGGACCUGGCUUUGCUCAAGUUGACCCAGCCUGUUCAGAAGUCUCUGGUGCUGGGAGGCCAGCAGACAGUGAAGAGCCAGGGUAGAGCAACUGAUCCGAAGGCCACUCCCACUCUCCUGGAGCAGCUAUCUCAGCUGCUCAACAUCGACAUGCCAAGAACCGAACCGAAGGAAGCCGACCCCGAGUUCCGCGGGGCGGACGAGAUGGGCUACAGCACUGAUCAGGAGAGCCACAGGGGUUCUGGAGAUGCCUGUGUCCAGGGUGGCCAGGUGAAGGCAAAGCCACCAGAGACUGCCCUGGAGGCCUUUAAGGCCUUAUUCAUCCGUCCCCCCAAAAAGGGGACCACAGCUGACACCUCUGAACUGGAAGCUCUUAAGCGAAAGAUGAGGCACGAGAAGGAAUCGCUACGCGCUGUGUUCGAAAGGUCCAAGUCAAGGCCAGCAGACAGCCCCUCUGAUCCCAAAAGUCCUGACCAGAGCCCCACAGAGCAGGACGACAGGACUCCAGGCAGACUCCAAGCUGUCUGGCCACCCCCGAAGACAAAAGACACAGAAGAAAAAGUGGGACUGAAGUACACCGAAGCAGAGUACCAGGCUGCUAUCUUACAUCUGAAGAGGGAGCACAAAGAAGAAAUCGAAAACCUGCAGGCUCAGUUUGAACUUAAAACGUUUCACAUCCGAGGUGAGCAUGCACUAAUAACAGCGAGCCUUGAAGACACCAUUGAAAAUCUCAAGCAACAGUUAGAAAAGCGCUGGGGAGGAGGAUGUGAGGAGAUGAGAGAUGCUUGCGUCUCCACGGACGAUGACUGCUCUCCAAAGGCCUUCAGAAAUGUGUGCAUCCAGACAGACAGACAGACAUUUCUCAAGACAUGUGAAGGUGAAAGUAAGACAGCCAGAAGCAACCAGAUAGUACCCAAGAAGCUGAAUAUCUCUCUAACCCAGCUCUCUCCCCCAAAAGACAGCAAAGACACCCACACCCCACUUCAGAGAGAAGGCAUCUCAUCUAAUCAGCAGAAGAUAUCGCCCCCCACUCCCACACCACCAACACCACUUCCUCCCCCUCCCAUCCCUCCUCCUCCGCCUCUCCCACCUGGACUUGGACUUUUGCCGCCAGUACCACCGAUAUUGCCUGUGAGUCCUGGGUCACCACUACCACCUCCUCCACCCCCUCCACCCACUCCCCUGCCUCCAAGUGCUGGCCUUCCUCCACCUCCUCCCCCACCACCACUUCCUGUCAGUGGAGGUCCUCCUCCUCCUCCUCCUCCUCCUCCUCCACCACCACCGCCUCCUGCAGGACUUGCACCUCCACCUCCUCCUGGACUGUCCUUUGGACUCAGCUCUUCUUCCAGCCAGUGUCCUCGAAAGCCAGCAAUUGAGCCCAGCUGUCCCAUGAAGCCUUUAUAUUGGACUAGAAUACAAAUAAGUGAUAAGAGCCAUGAUGCCACACCAACUUUGUGGGACUCCUUAGAAGAACCUCAUAUUAGGGACACCAGUGAAUUUGAAUAUUUAUUCUCCAAAGAUACAACUCAACAAAAGAAGAAACCCCUGUCAGAGACCUAUGAGAAGAAGAACAAAGUAAAAAAGAUCAUCAAGUUAUUGGAUGGAAAACGAUCUCAAACUGUGGGAAUCUUGAUAUCUAGUUUACAUUUAGAAAUGAAGGAUAUCCAGCAGGCCAUAUUUAAUGUGGAUGACUCUGUGGUUGACCUGGAGACCCUGGCGGCCUUAUAUGAAAAUCGAGCCCAAGACGAUGAACUGACUAGAAUAAGAAAGUACUAUGAGACAUCCAAAGAAGAAGACUUGAAGCUGCUGGACAAGCCCGAACAAUUUUUGCAUGAGUUAGCCCAGAUUCCCAAUUUUGCCGAACGUGCCCAGUGCAUAAUCUUCAGGGCUGUAUUUUCCGAGGGUAUCACAUCCUUACACCGAAAAGUAGAGAUUGUCACCCGAGCCUCGAAGGGCUUGUUGCACAUGAAAAGUGUGAAGGAUAUCUUAGCCCUCAUUCUGGCUUUUGGAAAUUAUAUGAAUGGAGGAAAUAGGACUCGAGGGCAAGCAGAUGGAUAUAGUUUAGAAAUUCUGCCAAAACUCAAAGACGUCAAAAGUCGGGACAAUGGGAUGAACCUGGUGGAUUAUGUUGUGAAGUACUAUCUGCGGUACUACGAUCAGGAAGCCGGGACAGACAAGAGCGUUUUCCCACUGCCUGAACCACAGGACUUCUUCCUGGCCUCCCAAGUCAAGUUUGAAGACCUCAUAAAAGAUUUGAGAAAACUGAAGCGGCAACUAGAAGCAAGUGAGCAGCAGAUGAAGCUGGUGUGCAAGGCGUCCCCAAAGGAGUAUCUGCAGCCUUUCAAGGACAAAUUGACAGAAUUCUUCCAGAAAGCCAAAAAAGAACAUAAAAUGGAAGAAAGCCACUUGGAGAAUGCACAGAAAAGUUUUGAAACAACAGUGGGAUAUUUUGGAAUGAAGCCAAAGACUGGAGAGAAGGAGAUCACCCCCAGCUAUGUGUUUAUGGUGUGGUUUGAGUUCUGCAGUGACUUCAAGACCAUUUGGAAACGGGAGAGUAAGAACAUAUCUAAAGAAAGAUUGAAAAUGGCUCAGGCAUCUGUCAGCAAACUGACGUCAGAGAAGAAAGUGGAGACAAAGAAAAUCAACCCCACCGCUAGUCUGAAAGAAAGACUGCGUCAGAAGGAAGCCAGCGUGGCCACCAACUAAGAGGAAAACAGAAGGGCAGCGUGAGCGGAG